CUCUCGUUUUUUGAGCAGAGCUAAUCGCGAACUGAACUGUGCCGAGUCUGCCGACGCUCUCGCCUCGCUCCCGCCACGCCCCGGCAGCCGCCAUGAGAGUGCUCGCCGUAUCCAUGCCUUCGCCGGGAGCGCGGGCGUAUUCGGGUCCUUGCUCGUGCUCGUGGGACACCCAGCAGAGGCUCCCUUACAACCGCAACGCCCCCAGGAACCCCGAUUCCGGCAAGCUCAAGUUCCCCGCCCAGUCCUCCACCGUCCCGGCGCCGCGCGUCGCCGUAGCCGUCGCCGCUCCGGCCCCCCGCCCGGGCCCUCCCGUCGCGGACCUUCUCAAGCGCUCUGAUGUUCGCCCGCCGCGCGCUCAAGAUGAAUUGUACUUGGGGUAUGAGCAGUGGUUGCCUAGUCCGCCGAAAGUGGAGAAGCCUCGGUCCGUCUACAAUGCGGCGUUGUUAGCGUACAUUGGGGAUAGCAUAUAUGAGUUAUAUGCUCGCAGGCACUUUUUGUUUCCUCCCCUGAGCAUUGAAGAAUUCAAUGAUCGUGUAACAUCUGUAGUACGUUGUGAAGCGCAGGAUGAACUGCUUCAGAAACUGCUUGCCGACAAUUACCUAUCAGAAGAAGAAAGGGAUGUUCUUCGGUGGGGAAAGAAUGUUGGUACGGCUAAAACACGGUCUAGAAAACGUGCUGGUACUGCAGUUUACAACAGAGCAUCUUCGCUGGAAACUUUGAUUGGUUAUUUGUACUUGACAAAUGUGAAGCGCUUGGAAGAUGUCAUGUUGAAGUUGGGAUUCUCAACAGGUGCUUCAUCUGAAUGGGUGCUGAAUGGAGAGCGACUAGUCAUCAGCUAGGAUGAUAGAGCGUGAAGAUAAAUACAUAACACAUGGCUGUGACAAUGACCAGCCACUGCUGAACCUCCAUAGUGCAAAUGUGAAGAGCGAAUCAGUAAGAAGGUUUUAAGUCUUGUUAUCUUCAGUUAGAUGAUAAUGUUAGUCUUGCCUUCUUGUUUUGCUACGAAAUGUUUGGGUCACUGCCAGUAUCGGAAGAAUAUCUGGGUUUACAUGUUCCUGUUGCCCUGUACUACACACCACUGGAUAAAUUAUCGAAAUUUGGUUGUAACUUUUGACAAGGGGGAAGCCUUUCUUACUUGGUAUUUAUUGCAAGUGUCAAGCUUGUGAAGAAAUGCAUACUCAUUCUUCAUUAA